AUGGCCAUCCCGGUUGCACGCGUGCACCUCAAGAUGGCACACGCAGCUCUCCCGGCGCUGCUCCCGACACCGCCCAAGUGGAAGAUGCUCCCGCUGCUGCCGACUCCGUGCGUCGCCGCCGCCGCCCUCCAAGCGAAGGCGCCGCUCGCCAAGCCCAGCCGCCGCGCCGACUCCGACGAGAGGUGGGACGCGCACAAGACCAAGUCAGCUACGACCUCUGCUUCGUCGAACCCUCGUUCCACUUCCGCCGACAGCAGCAUCAGGACCACCGCCGCCGGACGCCGAUCCUCCCGCAAGAGCGCGACCUCGCCGCCGCCCAAGCCUGGCCGGGCGGAUUCCGUGGAGAGGUGGGACGCGCACAAGAAGGCAGCGAGCCCAGCUUCGUCGUCGUCGUCGUCGUCGUCUUCAGGCAUGUCUUCCCAUGUAAUAAGCAGCAGCAAGUGGACGAUCAGCCGCGCGUCAUCGUCUGCAGAGCGCUGGGACGUGCACAAGAAGCAUCGCCCGCCGCAGGCCGUGCCGCUCGACGACGGCGAGAGCAGCAGUACAGGCAGCAACGGCGACAUCGACACGGAGGAGGAGGAGGAGGAGAUAGUAUGGAAGCCGCGGGCCAUGUACGCCGGACCGGGCUUCGCCGUCGCCGCGCCGGAGCCCAGCAUGCUUCCCAUGCCGACAUCGUUCUUGGUUCCCGUUGCAUCAUAG